AUGAAUUCUGAAGAAAACAAACUCCGAGUUCUGAAAGAAGUGAAAAGUUUAGCAAAAUUGGACUCAGAUUUUGUGGUCAAAUAUUACAAUUCAUGGCUUGAAUGCAAUUAUCUCUAUAUUCAGAUGCAAUUCUGUCCGCAAAGUCUUCGUUCUCUUCUCAAAGACAAACCAAUUGUCUUCCAAAGACAACCCGAAGAACAGAUGGAAGUCUUUGAAUAUUUCAUUUCAUGCGAAAUAUUCAAAGAACUCUUAGAGUGUGUCCAAUAUCUUCACGAAUUGGAUCCACCGGUUAUUCAUAGGGAUCUAAAACCGGAUAACAUUCUCAUUGAUCCCAAUAUUAGUGGCAAUCGUAUCGUAAAACUGUGUGACUUUGGUUUGGCAACCGAUCACAACACCGAUAGACACACCGCCAGCCGUUACGAGCACUCAGUUGUGGGCACUUUGAAGUAUAUGUCACCCGAAGUCCAUUUGGGUAAACAAUAUAAUCACAAAUCAGACAUUUAUAGCCUCUAUGUUAUCGGCGAAGAGUUGUUUGAUAUCGAUCUUCAGGCCCUCUAUGUUAUCGGCGAAGAGUUGUUUGAUAUCGAUCUUCAGGCUUCGCAUACAUUUGAGACCAAGGAAUCGGUGCUCAAGACAUCAAUACAAUGCAUAUAUCGGACACUUCUAGCAAUGAUGUCAACACCCUUUUGGCGACAAAGACCUGAGUGUCGGCAAGUGUUGGCCGAAUAUAACGAGUGGUCUAUUGAUAAGACAAUUGUUACGAAUCAUAAAGAAUUCAAUUCAUAUGAGAAGAGGGAGCACAGAGUAACAGUGAGACUGUACUACCUGUGCCGCACAGACUUACCUAAACACACACCUGGUCUCAGCUCCAGCCCUACCAAUGCCUCCAUUCACUAUGUAAUGGGUUUGUGGCGAACACUCUGUCUAUGGGAACGCUUCCUGACAACAGCCGCUCGACUGGAACUUUAG